AUGGACUCAUAUAAUUUAUUUGGUGAUGAUGGAAGCGGUAUGUUGGAAGGACUUACUGAUCUUGGUGGAUCAGAUAGCUUCACUAAUACUCCAAGUGUAGGAAGUGAAACAAAGGAAUCUUCUGAAAAUAGCUAUAGACAGCCUUACAGUUCAAACACUGUUGCUCAAGAAGGAACUAUUCAAAAACUGGCUUCGUUUGGAGGAGGAGGUUCUGGUGGCAUUUCAAAUAGUUCACAAACAGCAUCUAAUCAGAACACUGUUCCACCAACUCCAGAUUAUCAUGAAUAUGCAUAUCCUCCUAGACCCCGCUUGCCUCAACCUCCUCAUGGUCCUAUACAUCCAUCACAUCAUGUCCAUCCCUCACAUGCUUAUCCAGGUUACCAUCCUGGACCUGAUCCUAUGUAUUCUAUGUCUGAACAAGGUAUUGGAGAUAUGGGAGUUUGGUCAAGUGCCCCAGGAGCCAACAGAUAUGCACCAAUUACACCUGCAUAUAGACACAGUUAUGAACAUCAACAAAAAAUGCAUCAAUACCCUCCACAACAGGGCCCAGGAAUAGGUGGUUUACAGGCGCAAAAUAGCGCGUAUAUCCCUCGGCAGCCUCAUUUCUCUCAAUCACCAUCACAACAGCUUUAUGGGCAACAACAAAAUUACCCCAAUUACACUCAAAUGCAUCCACCGUCAGCAUCACGAAUUGGCCAACAUCCUACAUAUCAUCAACAAAUGGAAGUAAAUACACACCAAUAUGGCUUAACACAUGGUCAACAAAAUCAUGGUCCAAUGCCGCAACAUCAAGGGCACCAAAACAUGCCAUCACAUGCUCCAAUUGGCUCAGGAAUUCAAAACCACCCAAGCUCACAUUUACAUCAUGGUCCACCAUCUUUGCAUCACGUACCACGUCAACCGUUAGUACCACCUCCUUCAGUUGGAUCAGGACAUCCAUCCCAAAUGCCCUAUGCUCCCCACCAUGGACUUCCAAUGAACUAUCAACCUCACCAAGUACAACACCCUCUUGAUGUUAAUGUUACAACUCAAUAUGGGUCCGUUAAAUCAGGUCUUGACGCUGGAAGUCCCCAAUAUAGACCACCAUUCCCGCAAUUAUCACCACAAAUGUCGUCACCCCGAGCGCAAAUUUCUCCUAGACAACAACCACAAUCUCAACCACAGGUGUCACCGCGUCCAGUUAUGUCACCUGUUAAAGGCCCAAGUGCUUCGCCACACGGUGCGCGUUCGAUGAUACCGUCUCCAGCUUCUUCAGGACCUCCAGCGGUAUCUGGAACCUAUACUUCUCAAAAUACACUGCAAGCUCUAGAACAAAUGGUUUUACCACCAGGGGGAGAAUAUACUUUUCAACGCAACCAGACUACGUCUACUAUUGGUCACAAUGUUACUGCUGCACCCAUGCAGUGGACCCAGAGCAAAAUACCUACGGCUUUAAGUAAUAUACCAACAAUUGAUUCUAACGAAACAGCAAUUAAGACUAUUGAACCCGUUUUAGAUGUUGCUAAAAAUAUUUCGUUUACGAAAUCAAAUACUGAAGCAAAGAAAGAAGAAUCCGUUAUUUGCGACAAUGAUAAAAAAUCGGAUGAUUUAAAAAAGUCACAAAUGUUCUUAUCGCCCAACAUUAUGGGCAAUAUUCAACAAAAUAUUGCUUUAAGUUCCAGCACUUCCAAAGCUAUGCCAAAUUCUGUACCAAGUUUACAGUCUCCUGCAGCAGUCGAAAGUGACGAAAAGAAAGAUAAACAAAGCAAGCAGCCAGUAGAGGUUCCUGUAUCAUUGGGUGUUAGAGAGGAACAUACAUAUGGCGCGCAUAAUACGCACGAUGUUUCCCAAAAAAUUGAAUGUAAACAAUUAAAAAACAUUGAGUCUCCUAUUGCACUUGAACCGACCUCCGAGGAAAAUAUUCAACCUCCAUUAAAUACUGAGCCAAUUAACGAAAAAACAAACAAUGCUCAACAUGUUUCAACACCGCUUACGCAAGCUUCUAAUAAUAUUUCCGAUGCAACACAAAACCAAUUUGAAAGCACUAUCGCCCAUAAAAUCGAUAAAAAUCAGCAAUACUCGAGCAAUAAUUACACCAAUAUUCCAGGAAUAAUGCCUACAGGUUUGACCAUACCAAGCAGUAUAUCUGGAGCACCAUCUCAUAAUUCAUCUACUCCAUAUCAAAGCGAUGUAACGGUUGCAACGCAACCCAUAACAAAUAUGCCAUCCCCCCAUGCUGUUCAGCACACCAACCUUCAAAAUACUGUGACAUCAACAAUAUCAAUGAGUAGUUCACCAGGAAAUAUGACUUUACUAUCAUCGGCUGGUCCUAGCAUUUUAUCUCCCUUGCAGGGAAGUAUUUCUAAUACACAUCCUAAUCCUUCACCAAAUAUUCAGAUUAGCCUUCCAAUCACUGGUCAGAAUAUUCUUCCUAACAUGUCAACUCACAUUACACCUAACCAAACAAACAUAAUGCCAACACCUACACAAAGUUUAAAUCCUAAUGUAAUAAUGAUGGGAGGUAACAAUGUCAACCACCCAUCUUUACCUCCAAUGUAUGCAACUUCACAUCAUCAAGAAAGAGUAGCUUUGCAACAGCAAAUUCAGGAAAUAUAUUGUUUGCUACCAUCAAAUGAAAACCAAGAAAAGGUCAGGUGUUUACAGGAUCGUUUGGCCAUGUUGCAACAGCAUGAAACUAACGAUCGUUGUAGUGGAGGUCCAAAUUGUAUUUUACAAAAUCCUAUAUAUGGCUCUAAAAUGGUUGAAAGUCCCCAGGUUACUAGCACUACCGGUCGCGGUAGAGGAAAAGGCCCUGCUAAACCUCGGAAACCGCGUACCAAGAAAGAUAAAUUGGGCUUAACACAACCUCUAGAUCAAUUGCCCGUAUCAGAGGAUUGUGUUACGGCUGGAACUGGGUUAAAUACUGAUAUGGAUCAUGAGAUAACUGAAGGAGAUAUUUCACAUUUGGAUGGUAGUAUUAUCUCUGUUGAUCAGUCUGGAAAGAUGAAAAAAGUAAGAGGCCCUCGAAAAGGUAAAGAAAGGAAACCUCGUGCACCUAAAGAACCUAAAACUGCAAAAGAAUUUGGAGAUAAACCUACUAAGGAAAGGAAAAAGCGGUUGCCUAAAGAUCCAAAUGCUCCUAAAAGAAAACGCAAUGUUAAAAAAGGAUUGUCUGAAGUACAGGCUGAUACAACGACAGGGAAUGAUAUUAUGGAUAAAGAUAGUUUUGACAGUAGUAUGAAUGAUGCAAUUUUAAAUAAGACUUUGAUGAAUGAAACUUUAAAAACAGUUCCAGACUUGCCUACUUUGGAUGAUUCAAAUGUUACUGAUUUUGAUGAUAUUCCAGUAUCAAAGAUUGCUAUAAAAGAUUUGUUAGAAGAAGCUGAAUCUAAAAAAGAUUUGGAAAAAGAUGAAGAUUCUGAUUUUAUGAGCGGAAAGAAGAGAACAAAGAAACGAAGUUCUGUUGGGGGGGCUGGUAAGAAGGUUGUUACACGAAAAACGCCUUCUGGUAAAAAGAAAAAAAGAGGAGGUAUCGUUCCUGAGUCUGAUGGUGAACCUGAUGAUAUGGCUUCUACACCUCCACCUUCUCCUCCUGCAGAAGGUGAUGACAGUCUGAAACGACGAUCAGCAAGAAAUACUCAGCGUAAGAAAUAUACUGAUGAUGUAAUGUUGCGAUUAUCCGAUGACGAAUUCCCUGUCCUGCCACCACGUUUAGAGAAAGACUUUGACGAUGCAAGUCUCGAUAUGAAAGAUGUAAGUCGUCUUGAAGGUGCACCGAAACCAAAUUAUAUGUACGUAAAUACAACGGAAGAAGAUUCUAUGAUUGUUCAACAUGUCUUGGCUUCUAGAAUGGGUAAGAGAGAGAUAAAACCACAAAUUCAUAUAACUGAAUCUAUAACAACACUGACUACGAAAAAUGACAAUGAUAAUAGCGUACCUUUAGACCCUGGUACAUCCAUUGUAACCGAUAAUAAGGUUAACGAUGAAGAGUUUAAAGAAGAGCCUAUUGUGGAAGAAGAUAUUACUAAAGAAAAUGUCAACACAAUUGAUUCAGAAACUGUUGCAAAAGACGUUGAGUCCAAAGCAGACUCGAAUAACACUGAAAAUGAUUUGAAAAAUGUCAAACCCGUUUUAUGUGAUGUAGAAGAAUAUUUCGUUAAAUACCGAAAUUUUUCCUAUCUUCAUUGUGAAUGGAAAACAGAAGAAGAACUCUACAAAGGUGAUAAAAGAAUAUUCUCAAAAAUAAAACGCUUUAAGCAAAAACAAGCUCAACAAAUGAAUAUUUUCGAACUUUUAGAUGAAGAACCGUUUAAUCCCGAUUACGUCGAAGUGGAAAGAAUCUUAGAUAUGUCUGAAAAUCAAGAUCCGGGAAGUAGUACGGUAGUGAAGCACUAUCUUGUAAAAUGGAAAAGUUUACAAUAUGAAGACAGCACCUGGGAGUUAGAGGAAGAUAUAGAUGUAGAUAAAAUAAAACAAUAUAAAAUAUUUAGUGAUAUACCUCCUAAAGAAAAAUGGAAAUAUAAAAAGCGGCCUUCAGCAGAACAUUGGACUCAAUUAAAAGAAUCUCCUUUGUAUAAAGGUGGCAACAAUUUAAGGCCCUACCAGUUGGAAGGUUUAAAUUGGCUUUUGUUUUCUUGGCAUAAUAACAGAAAUUGUAUUUUGGCAGAUGAGAUGGGAUUGGGGAAAACGAUACAAAGUUUAACGUUUGUAAAUUCGGUAUGGGAAUAUGGUAUUCGUGGACCUUUUCUUAUAAUUGCACCACUCUCUACGAUACCAAACUGGCAAAGAGAAUUUGAAGCAUGGACAGAUAUGAACGUGAUAGUAUAUCAUGGCUCUCAACAAAGCAAAAGUAUGCUCCAGGAGUAUGAAUUUUUUUACAAAAAUGAAAAUGGCGAGCCUAUAAAAGAAAUUACUAAAUUUAAUGUUCUCAUUACAACAUUUGAAAUGAUAGUAACAGAUUUUCAAGAGUUACGGUCUUUCAAUUGGAGGAUAUGCGUUAUAGAUGAAGCGCAUAGGCUUAAGAACAGAAAUUGUAAGUUACUAGAGGGAUUAAGACAAUUACAUUUAGAACAUAGGGUACUGUUAUCAGGUACUCCAUUACAAAAUAACGUCAAUGAAUUAUUUUCGCUCUUAAAUUUCUUAGAACCAUCCCAAUUUUCUAGUAGCGACGCCUUUUUGACUGAAUUUGGACAAUUGAAAUCUGAGUCGGAAGUAAUAAAGCUACAAGCGUUGUUAAAACCUAUGAUGUUGCGGCGACUUAAAGAAGACGUCGAGAAAACGCUGGCACCCAAAGAAGAAACUAUAAUAGAAGUAGAAUUAACUAAUAUUCAGAAAAAAUAUUACCGAGCUAUUCUUGAACGUAAUUUUAGUUUCUUACAAAAAGGCAUUGCGUCAGCUGCAAACAUACCUAAUUUAAUGAACACUAUGAUGGAACUGAGAAAGUGCUGUAUUCACCCUUAUUUGCUCAAUGGCGCUGAAGACCAGAUUCAGUUUGAUUAUAAACAAGCUAACGGCGAAGAUAAAGAAGCUUAUUAUAAAGCACUUAUUCAGUCCUCUGGAAAAAUGGUUUUGGUUGACAAGCUCUUACCUAAAUUAAAAGCCGGAGGCCAUAGGGUUUUAAUUUUUAGUCAAAUGGUACGAUGUUUAGAUAUUUUAGAAGAUUAUUUAUUGUAUAGAAAAUAUCCCUUUGAACGAAUCGAUGGACGCAUUAGAGGCAAUUUAAGACAAGAGGCUAUUGAUAGGUUUUCUAAACCUGACUCUGACAGAUUUGUCUUUUUAUUAUGUACAAAGGCUGGAGGAUUAGGAAUUAAUUUGACUGCUGCUGACACUGUCAUUAUUUAUGAUAGUGAUUGGAAUCCUCAAAACGAUUUACAAGCUCAAGCGCGAUGCCAUCGUAUAGGUCAACAGAAAAUGGUCAAGAUAUAUAGGCUUAUUUGCCGUAAUACGUAUGAAAGAGAAAUGUUUGAUAAAGCAUCAUUGAAGUUAGGGUUGGACAAAGCUAUUUUACAGAGCAUGAAUACCUCACAAGGUAAAGAAACUGGACUUAAACAACUGUCGAAAAAAGAAAUCGAGGAUUUGUUAAAGAAAGGUGCUUAUGGCGCCGUAAUGGACGAAGACAAUGCGGGGGACAAAUUCUGCGAAGAAGACAUUGAAAUGAUUUUGGCCCGAAGAACCCAAGUUAUUCAAAUGGAAUCUGAGAAAGGAUCAACAUUCUCAAAAGCUAGCUUUGCUGCUGCUAAUCAAAGAUCGGAUAUUGACAUUAGAGAUCCUGAUUUUUGGAACAAAUGGGCCAAAAAGGCUGAAAUUGAUACUACUGAAAAGAAGGAGGACGAAGAUCUAAUUGUUACGGAGCCCCGAAAGAGGACUGUUAUUAAAAGAUAUGGUCAUGAUGAUGGACCUAUGGAAAUGUCCGACAUGGAAGUGACGCCAGAUUCUGAUGAUGAUGAAGACGGCAUUAGUCUUCGAAGUAAAAGAAAGAAAGAGAAAUUUGGUAGAAAGGGACGGAGAUAUGCUAGUGAUGAUUAUGUCCCAAGGCACGAGGGUGUACCAAUAGAUGAAGAAGUUGUGUAUGGAUCCUGGACGAGGUCAGAGUGUUUUAAGAUUGAAAGAGGUCUUCUUACAUUUGGGUGGGCUAGAUGGGAAGAGAUAAUUGACAGAAAUCAAUUUAGAAAAGGUUGGACACUUCCUGUGAUAGAAGACUGCGCAAGGAUUAUCGUGCUAUUUUGUCUUCGGCAUUACAAAGGUGAUGAGAAAAUUAGAAACUUUAUUUGGGACUUGAUUGAACCCUGUGAAAAUGGUGAAGUUACUAUCUCAAGAAACCACAGUGGUUUGCAUAACCCUGUUCCCAGAGGCAGAAAUGCCAAGAAAAAAAAUAGAUUAAAAGAUGUCCCUAAACAAAACGACCUUCAAAGAUGGGAAGAUCCAAAUCACUGGAGUUCUCACGAAAAGUAUGACUGUGAGGCAUAUUUAGAAAACAGUUAUAAAAAGCAUUUAUUUAGACAUGCUAACAAGGUACUUCUAAGAGUUCGUAUGAUGUAUUACAUCAAACAUGAGGUUAUAGGAGACUAUGCAGCACAAAUAGAAAACGGAACACAUGCCAGUGCUAUGGGAAUGAGAGUUCCACGAGGGGUUGACAGUGCACCACCGCGUCUGUGGUGGGAUACAGAAUGUGAUGUAUCUUUAUUAGCGGGUACAUACAAACAUGGCUACGAGAAUUACUUAGCAAUGCGAUCCGAUCCACAACUCUGUUUCGUGGAAAAGUUAGGACCACCUGAUGACGCAGAAUGUACUGAUAUCAAGAGCGAAGAAAGAAAGAUUCGCGGCAGCGUGGUUGGCGAUGAAGACUGUACGGAUGAAGUGUCAAGCGGUGCCGCCGCCUCUCCACGGCCAGACGAUGACUCAUCGCAUCCUUGGCCCUCGAUGCAAGAUUUAAAUACACGAUUACGACGACUUAUCACUGCCUAUCAGAGAAACUACAAACGCGAGGAGCUUAAAUUGCAACAAAGGGCUAAGAUGGAAAGGCGCGAACGCAUGGAUCAAUUAGUGAGAGAUGAAGUGUCUCAGUGGCGUUGGAGUAGAGCCGAUGAAGAAGCGUUUCGUCGUACUGUCGCUUCUUAUGGUGUGGAGUUUGAUCCGGCAACAAAAAGCUUGCGCUGGAACCGUUUCCGGUCAUUGGCUAGAUUGGAUUCUAAGAGCGACGACGCCUUAACUGAUUACCUGAAGGCAUUUAUGGCUAUGUGCAAACGGCAAUGUGGUCUUUCGGUGGGUGAAGCUGAAUUGCCAACUAGAGCAGAUUUGAAAGCUGAACCGAUUGGCGAAGAAAGAGCUAUCGCUACGUUAGAAAGAAUCGACUUACUUCGUGUUUUACGCGAGGAGGUGGCGCCACACCCUGCAUUAGAAUCCCGCCUGGCAUUAUGCGAACGAUCUUUGGAUACGCCAACAUGGUGGCAACCGGCUUUACAUGACAAAUAUCUGGUGUUAGGAGUUUGCAAGCAUGGAUUAGGAGAUACAUUCUCUAAAUUAUUCUGUGAUCCUAAAAUGCCCUUUGCUGAGUCUGCCAGAAAGUGGUAUGCAAAAUAUAAGACUGGGAAUAAGAGUGAUUUUCAGAAAAAUAAUUCAGAUGAUGAUGAAAAAUCAGCCAACGAAAGUACUACUGAAACACGUUCAUUGCGAAGAAGUAAACGUACCUCAAAUAUUAACGACCGUGACGUGCAGGACGAUAUGGACGCACUGUCUGAAUUAGAAACCCUCGCUAAAUUGGGAAGAAUCGAAGAACCAUUGUCACCAGAUCAAUGGUUUACAGAAAGAGCACUCGAAACGCGUCUUCAUCAUAUAGCGCAUGCUGUUCAAAACUGUGAGUGGCCCGCUACAUCGGCCUCGUCAAAUAAAAAUGAAGAUGUCCCAUCUGAGUCCUCUGAGGAGCGUAAACAAACACAAAAAAGGCAUAUCGCUAUCGAUGUAGAGACUGAGAGGGCUAAAUUACACGCUCUUCUAUCUACACCCCAAGCAGCUCAUGCAAGUAGUCGCGAACACAGAACAAAUAAUGUACCUGCAUCGACCAGUGUAACGAUAGGUAGUAGAGAGAUAGAUGAUGCUUCAAGUGAUUCUAGUUCUCGGCGGUCGACACCUGCGCCACCACCUGCUCAUCAACGAGUGGCGCCUUCGCCAGCUCCUUCUGUGCCGCCUUCACCAUCAACGUCAGCACCCGUUGAUCUCUCUACACCGUUGGACCUUAGCGAAGCGCAAGAUUUUUCUAUGGGUCGACGAACACCUCAGACCGACAACACACAGACUGCACCAACACGAAGCAGAUUAGAUGAUACACUUAACAGACUGAUGAAGAGAAAGAAUGUGCCAGCUCCUGAGCAAAUUGUUGGAAAAGAGAAGAAAAGGAAGAAGCUAGAUGAAAUUGUCCUCGGACUUUCAGCAGCCAAAGGUCGAAGUCCAAAUUCAAAUUCUUCAUAUGAGGUCCCACGGGCAAAAACUUCAACUAUUCUACCAGAAGUAACUGUUACCCCAGCGGCACCUCCUUCUACUUCUAGUGCUCCACUUCAAAAACCAUUUUCUGUCACAGUCAGCAAUGUCCCAUCUUCACAUACAUCAUCCAAGGAACUAUCAUCCUUUUUACAGCAAUCUUUAGAACAAAAUACUAAAACGCCGAAACCAGUACAUUCAAUGCAGCCCAAAUCCUUUUCACAUGAAGCUAAAGUAAAUAAGUGGCUUGCAGAACAAGCCAACGUUGAUAAUAGACGAAGAAGUCAAACACCGCGCUUAUCGCCCGAUGAGCAUGUUCCAGUUGUCCAUAGAGUAACAGGAAAACGUCUUGUCGGCCAUAAGGCACCACAGUUGAAACAUUUAGCUCAUUGGAUAGCAGAAAAUCCGAUGUAUGAUAUAGAUUCUAAAUGGACCGAGGGUAUAAAAGAACAUGUUAAACUGCCACAGGAUGUUCGUAGCCAACGUCAUUCCCCUAUGCAAAGUACCUCUGUACCCGAACGAAAAAAAGGUAGGCCGCCAACACUCGAUGCUUCAUCUACGAAUGUUCUUUCUAACAGCCAUUUGAAUCAAAAUCUUGCUGGCCUCAAUCCAGCUCUAUUGGCUAGCCUGUCUAGUUUAAGUGCUUUUGACCCCAAAACUUUGGCGGCUACUCUAUCUAAUCUCACGGGAUUUGACCCAAAAUUGCUUUUAAAUUCUUUCAGUGGGAUGCCUAAUUUAUUAGGUAAUAUGGCAGGUGGUAACUUAUUCUCUAAUUUGGCCGGCCUAGGAUUACCGGGAUUCCCCUCACUUGAUAUUAAUAGUGCUACCGGAAGCGGUAACACAUCGGAAAGUAAAUCAAAAUCAAGGAAACCACCUGAAUCCACAAGCAGUGCAUCUUCUACAAAAUCAUCCAACUCACAAUUUCCAUUUGUAUUUACAAAUCCUAAUAUGUUAUAUCCACAGCUUGGUUUGAAUAGUUUAUCACCUUUUGGGGUACACUCCGGAAUAUCAUCACCUUAUGAUGCUCUUGGCCUAUUAGGGAGCAAUUUGACAGCCACAUCCAGUGGGACAACUUUACAUAAUCCUAAUGUUAGUUCUCGAACCUCGAAAACUACUACGCCUAGAUCAUCCACAGUGGUUACUCCUACUUCGACAUCGAGACAGCAAAAGGUCUCCGAUCGUGCGCAGUCAUCGAAUUUACCCCAAAUAUUGUUACCUCCUGAUCCAUAUUUAUUAGAAUCUAUAUCGAAACAAGCUUUAAAUUACGAAGUGUCAAUGAAAGUUGAUAAAAGAUCACGAGAUACCGACCAUAUUCAUGAAUCAACAGCCACAGAUCUAUCAAAAGUAGACAAAAAGAAAAUGGCGUAUGACACAUUACGUUCUAGUAUACCUCCAGAAUUUGCGGCAGUUCAAGAGAAAUUACUAAAGGGUGAUAAAAAAGAUAUUGAUGUAAACAAAAUGUUAUUAGAACAAAUGGCAUCAGGAGCACUUAGCGCCAGCUUAGUUAGUUCUGCUGAAACAAAGAAAAAUAAAGAUAUUGAAAAAGAUUCCUUCGAUAAAAUUACAAAACCUGACUUUGGGACACGUUUAACGUCCGACGACACUAGUAUAAAUGUUGCAAAUAAAAGAACCGCAGAUGACAUAGCUACCGAACCUGAAAAUUUAGCUUUACAGCCUUCAGCAAAAAAGUUAAAAGAUACUCAAGAAAUGACUACAACUAGGGACAAGCAAACCGAUUCAUCAGCGAACACUGGUGAAAUGGAUUUAGAAGAUUUAAUAGCACCAUCAACUGUCAUCAAGACUGGAAUCAAAGCACUGGAGAACAAGCACAGUGACUUUGAAAUGAACAGAUCUUCAGAAACUACGCCUCAUAAUUUAGAAAGAGAUGAUAAGUCACAAUCAAUGCUCCCAAGUCCAAAUAUUAAUACUCACCAAGAUGUUGAUAUCUCACAGACUGUUGACUCUUUUAGCAAUAAAUCCGAAGGCGAGAAAAAAGAUGAAAACCUAUAUGAAGACAUAAAUGAGGGGGGAGAGCAAAUAAAUGCCGAUAUCGCCCGCAAAGGUGGUAGAAAAAAAACUCGUAAACCUUCUGAAGAAGGUUUAGCGGAGUUUCAGUAUCGUCGCAAGGUGAUCGUCAUGAAUAAUAUAAUGCUUCGGAGUGCACUUGUUCCCAAAAAUUCUAGGAUUCAUAAUAAUUUGAGUUUCAUCCGUUGCAUAACUAAUAAAAUAAAAGACGUCCCCACUCACACGGGUCAAAAAUGGGACUCAGAUGACUAUCGACUUGCUCGCUUUACACUUGCCCCAAAACAAGUAAAUACAAAUUGGGCAGUUAAUCUAAUAGCUGAAAUUCCACCUAAAGAAGUUACAGAAAGGGUAGUUUGGUGUGAUGGUGGCAGUGGGCCAGAGGGUCAUCCAAGAGUCUAUAUCAAUCUGGAUAAACCAGGUAAUCAUUCUUGUGGAUAUUGCGGUCUACGUUUCAUAAAAAAGGACCACCAUUGA